AUGCUCGCACCACUUGGCCCCUCGCCGCCUCCAGCGACCGCUGGAAUCAGCUUGAACGACUGCAAAACCACUGUCAAAGUCAGAAAUCGCGCCUUCAUGGGCCAUCCCUCCGCCUUCAAGUCCAUCACAAUCGAAGUGACGAGUCCGGAUCGCAAGAAGGUGGCCUCGAUUUUUGCCUAUCAGAUCAACCGCGCAGUGUGCGACGACGGUGACUUCUUGUGUAUCAUGGACGCCGAUAGUGACGAGCUGGCCACGCUCUCGCGUGUCUUGUUCGAUAAGUACGGCGAAGUGAGGCCUUGGCUCGUGGAGGACGAACUUUUCAAAGGGACGGGAUGCUGGGGACGGGAACUGAGCAGGGGCAAGCUCGUCUACGUCCAAACAGUCUAUGUCAGCGAUGAGUCGAUGCGAGGUCAAGGGCUUGGCUCUUUCGCGUUGCAAUCUCUCCUGAAUUCAGAACACGUUACGGAGAAUGACUUUGUUAUCUCUUGGCCAACUCCCGUUCCACCCCGCUACGACGAAGUGAGGAGCAACGAGCAGUAUGAGGCUGAAAUGCACCGAGCUGUGUCGUUCUACCAGAGGAACGGUUUCAGGAGAAUAGGCCUGACCCAAUUCCUCGUGUACUCACCCAGACUCGAUCAUCCAUCUCACAACAUUUCCCCUUCGAACGACGCCAAAUUCCUGCGAACCCGUGUGGAGUUGUCUGCCAAAGAAGACCUUCUAGCACAUACAUUGAGCUUGGCCUGGGCUACGCUUGAGGUUUCGUGGAAGAACAAGAAUCGUGACAUCCAGGAAUAUACAGCGAACUACCCGCUCCAUGACCAGAUUUGCCGAAUCAGUGACGAUGGAAUCGAGCAGAUCAUCCGUGCCGCGUUCUUGGAGGAUCAAACGUCCAUCACACAGAAGGACAACAAAGGAUUCACGCCCCUGCAUCGCGCUGCCGAAUCUCUGAACAUCAUAGCGACGAAGAUCCUUCUCGAGCUCGGAGUACAGGAAGAUCUAUUGAGACGCGACAACACAGACUUGAAGACACCAAUGAUGCUGUGCGCGGAUCAGCUUAGAGUGUUAAAAGAGCUGCAGGAGAUUAAGCAGGGUCGAUGGGUCAUAUGCGACAUACAAGACAAGAGCCAGCCCAUUGCAGAGGACAUCCAGACGAACAUUCAAUUGAAGGUGGAAGGAGAUCUCCCGUGGAUCUAUCACAACGAGUACGAGUACUUCGAGAAGAGAUCGGUGGAAUUCUACUUCAACAAGGGCGCCAUAGACGAGGCGGAGGAUGCCUUGUCUGGGAGGUCAUACGGAGAUCAGGACGAAUGGUUGAUGAAUAAGAAGGCCCUUCCGGGUCCUCUCAUGGGUCUUGGUCGGAUGGGCCCGUACCCUACGACCUCGACUGGCAGAGCCGGACCUGGGGGAUUUGGAUUUGGGAACAUGUUUGAUGACGACGAAACAGAUGAAGACGAAGAUGAGGAUGAGGAUACGGACGAGGACGAUAUCGAGGAAGAUGAUGCAGAGAUGGACAACGGCGAGGACUGGAAUGAAGAAGACGACGAAUGA